AUGGACGGCACUGUAAUCAUUACAGGUGCAACUGGCUCACUCGCUCUCGCGGCGAUCCAACAGCUUUUAUCGUCACGUCCCGCGUUGACUAUUAUUGGGACUGUUCGCAACGCAACAAAAUCACCCAAAAGUCCCCAUUUGAUUCGACUGGAAGAAGCUGCACGCCAAAAUCCUUCCAGCAAGCUUCUUAUCAAAAGCGUAGAUCUGAAUUCCAUUGCGGAAGUCCGAGCAUUUGCGGAUGAGGUUGCUGGUCUGGUGUCAUCCAAAGAAAUCCCGCCCAUUUCCGCCAUCAUUUGCAAUGCAUUCACAUGGUCAUUGAAUGGCCAGAGAUUCUCCGAAGAUCGAUUGGAAUCUACAUUCCAAGUCAAUCAUCUGUCGCAGUUCUUGUUGGUCCUCAAGCUUCUGCGGAGCAUGGAUCUCCAGAAUGGUCGAGUGGUCAUGCUGAGCUCCGAGGUCCAUGACCCUGAACAUCCGAACCAGCUUGCGAAGCUUGGCGCAGAACUUCCGUCAGACGAAGACCUUGCUUUGUUGAUCAAGCCUGCUCCGGAUGAUGCUGGAACAGAAUAUGAUAUGGGUUGGCGACGGUAUGCAAAUAGCAAACUGGCCAAUGUCAUGUUCAUGCAAACUUUGAAUCGGCGACUUCAGCAGAAUCCGCAGUGCACCAACAUCACAGUGACUGCUAUGGACCCAGGUGGCCUCGUUGACUCCCGGGCCCAUGAUGUCCAACGUCCAAUCACUCGUGUCUUGUUUCGGAUCCUCGCAUUUUUGCUUCCAGUGAUCAAGCUGUUCACUUAUAAACUUCGGUCAAAUGCAGAUUCAGCCCGGGAUGUGCUGACUCUGGCCUUGGACCCUGAGUACGCAUCGGUGAGAGGCCAUUACAAUGGGACAACCCCUCAACAACCUGCCAGGAUAGCCGAGAAUGAGGCAAGAUGCGAGGCUAUCUGGGAAGCUUGUUGGCAAUGGGCUGGCAUGACAGAAGAGGAAACCUGUGUUUCCAAAAGCUCUCCUGUCCGCAGUUAG